CUCAAACAAAAAUGAGUACAGUGCAGAUCGGUUUGUAUGUCGCAGGCGUCACCGUCUUUCCAGUCAGGACUGAACACUAUCUUACUGUUGUUCGUUUUCAGUCAAGUGAACUUCUGUGAUGGGCAAGUGAUCAUUGCCAUUGAUUUCCACAGUCUGGCUCUGCCUGCUGGACUGCACCAGGUCCAGGACCUUUGUAAAUUGUUGUCGUUUCCCCAGGAGUAUCAAAUGAACCAGUGCUUGCAGUAGUCCGCGCUCCAGUAAACAGGCGCACCCGACAUUCUCCACCUUCGCCUGAGGUGUAUGCUGUAACAUUACAGCACAUUUACCUGUACCCAGGCCCUGUACCACCUCACAUCAUCGUUCUUGAUAGCAUCCUGCUUUAGUGUUCACUGCACGGCCGGACUAUGGGACAGGGCAGUAGCGGAACGCCAAAGUCCGGUAGACGCGGAUCAGGCGUUCCACAGAUUGCGCCGGUCACCAUCUGUGGGGAUCUCUCCCUUUCGUUCGCCGAGCACAAACAGCCGGUGCUAUGCUGUGGAUUCUCUGCCGACGAGAAGCUGCUUGUUACCGGCUCGGCCGAUACAAAGGUCAUUGUCUGGUCACUAUCCAACGCCAAGCCAAUCGCUAAGCUGGUAGGCCAUUCAAAUGACGUCACCGGAUGUGCUUUCAUUGGGAGUGUUGCCGUGGUGACCACGUCCAAAGAUGGCUGCGCACUGGUCUGGCAGUGUAAGACGUGGAGCGUUAGCAAGCGAUACAGCAAUCACGAGAGCUCGGUACUGGCGUGUGCCGUAUCGCAUGAUCAACAGCAUAUCGCUACCGGCUCCGAGGACAAGACCGCGCACGUCUGGGCAUCGGAGAGGCACAGUGGACCGCCUGGUAGCUUGCUGCGUGGUCACACGGGUCCCGUGGUGGAUGUGUGCUUCUCGCCGGACGAUGUAGCAGUGGGUACGUGCUCUUCGGACUGUACGAUACGACUGUGGAAUCGCCGCUCGGGUCGGAUGAUUACCGAGCUCAAAGAUCCCCUAGGGCCUUGCUCAGUGGCCUACUCGCCCGACGGUAUUUACCUGUGCGUGGCGUCCAAAGACAGCAUGGUACGGAUCUGGAACGUGAACAGCGAAGAGGUGGUCAACAGCCUGGGUGGUCAUUCCGAUCACGUGACCGGGUGUGAUUUCAACAGCUCCGGCACCGUGAUGGCCAGCUGUAGUAAGGACACACAUGGGCGCCUGUGGAACCCGCGCAGCGUGGGCGGCAAAGCUGUCAAGGUGCUGGCCGGACACACUGCCGAAAUCCUGGCCUGUACAUUCAGUCCGUCCGGACAGUACCUGGCAACCGUCUCCAAGGACAACACGUGUAGGGUCUGGAAAUAGUGCUGGAUGAUUGUGUGGAAAGGCAGUGUGUGGAAGCAAUAGUGGCCCCAACGCAGUAACUCGCCGACCUGAAGAGAUGCACAUGUACAUGAUGUCAUGCACAUUUGCAUCCGAUCUGCUAAUGGGAAUCCCGUGAGUCUUCGCCGACAAUAUGCAACGUUUGCAUGUGCCUAUCUCUCUAUCUCUCUCCAAACGACCGUAUUCUUUUCAAGGAUGAUUUGAUUUCGCAGACUACCCAAAGGAGGGUACUGCAGGGGUAUGCUUGUCAGUCACAUUGUCACAGCAGAUCUAAACAUGUGACUUCCUCAAGAUUGGCACCAUUAUGAUCGUUUGCAUUCAGAUUCGUAUCUUGGCAAGCACUACAUGUACAUGUACAUUCGACAUGAAAACGAAUGAGUUGAAAUAGCGUUAUCUGCUACCACUGUGAUCGGUAAUAAAUUAUGAUGAAUAAGUU